GAAUUCUAAAUUCAUGACUUGUAGGGAGGGACUUAUGUCACCACAAACAGAGACUAAAGCAAGUGUUGGAUUCAAAGCUGGUGUUAAAGAGUAUAAAUUAAAUUAUUAUACUCCUGAAUAUGAAACCAAGGAUACUGAUAUCUUGGCAGCAUUCCGAGUAACUCCUCAACCCGGAGUUCCACCUGAAGAAGCAGGGGCUGCGGUAGCUGCUGAAUCUUCUACUGGUACAUGGACAACUGUGUGGACCGAUGGGCUUACCAGCCUUGACCGUUACAAAGGACGAUGCUACCACAUCGAGCCCGUUCCAGGAGAAGAAACUCAAUUUAUUGCGUAUGUAGCUUACCCAUUAGACCUUUUUGAAGAAGGGUCUGUUACUAACAUGUUUACCUCAAUUGUGGGUAACGUAUUUGGGUUCAAAGCCCUGGCUGCUCUACGUCUAGAGGAUCUGCGAAUCCCUCCGGCUUAUACUAAAACUUUCCAGGGACCACCUCAUGGUAUCCAAGUUGAAAGAGAUAAAUUGAACAAGUAUGGACGUCCCCUAUUAGGAUGUACUAUUAAACCUAAGUUGGGGUUAUCCGCGAAGAACUAUGGUAGAGCAGUUUAUGAAUGUCUACGUGGUGGACUUGAUUUUACCAAAGAUGAUGAGAAUGUGAACUCUCAACCAUUUAUGCGUUGGAGAGACCGUUUCUUAUUUUGUGCCGAAGCUAUUUAUAAAUCACAGGCUGAAACAGGUGAAAUCAAAGGACAUUAUUUGAAUGCUACUGCGGGUACAUGCGAAGAAAUGAUGAAAAGAGCUAUAUUUGCCAGAGAAUUGGGAGUUCCUAUCGUAAUGCAUGACUACUUAACAGGGGGAUUCACCGCAAAUACUAGUUUGGCUCAUUAUUGCCGAGAUAAUGGCCUACUUCUUCACAUCCACCGUGCAAUGCACGCUGUUAUUGAUAGACAGAAGAAUCAUGGUAUGCACUUCCGUGUACUAGCUAAAGCUUUACGUCUAUCGGGUGGAGAUCAUGUUCACGCGGGUACAGUAGUAGGUAAACUUGAAGGAGACAGGGAGUCAACUUUGGGCUUUGUUGAUUUACUGCGCGAUGAUUAUGUUGAAAAAGACCGAAGUCGUGGUAUCUUUUUCACUCAAGAUUGGGUCUCACUACCAGGUGUUCUACCUGUGGCUUCAGGGGGUAUUCACGUUUGGCAUAUGCCUGCUUUGACCGAGAUCUUUGGAGAUGAUUCCGUACUACAAUUUGGUGGCGGAACUUUAGGCCACCCUUGGGGAAAUGCACCGGGUGCCGUAGCUAACCGAGUAGCUCUAGAAGCAUGUGUACAAGCUCGUAAUGAGGGACGUGAUCUUGCAGUCGAGGGUAAUGAAAUUAUCCGUGAGGCUUGCAAAUGGAGUCCUGAACUAGCUGCUGCUUGUGAAGUAUGGAAGGAGAUCACAUUUAACUUCCCAACCAUCGAUAAAUUAGAUGGCCAAGACUAG